AGCACAUCACAUGAGCAUACUGUAUACAAAUAUGCUUGGGAAAGCUUUCUCCUUCUUCUUCUUCUCCUUUUUUUUUUUUUUUUUUUCUUAAACCAAACUUGGUUUCUGUUGUAGGCGGCACAUUCCCUAGCCGGGCAGGGCGGGCUGCAGCGAGCCAUCAGGGGAGGCGGGAGUAAAAAGGGGAGGAGAAGCAGAGCAUGAACUCACCCAGUGUGACAGCUGCUCCCUUAUUUAAUGGGGGGGUCUCUGGUCAGGAGUCAGAAGUGCCUCCAGGAGAGGAGAAGCAUGGCUGAGGAGCUGGGGCUGGGCUUCGAGGGAGCAGUCAGAGUGGAAAUGCCAGAGGGCAGAGCCAGGCCAGCCGCCAGGAGCAAAGCGUGCUUGGCUCUCAUCUGCUGUCUGCUGUCAUUUUUCACGGUUGCAGGACUUAGCACCUUCCUGAUGGUCAACCAGCCCGGGGCCCCGGGAAGAGACUGUAUGCCGCGGGCUAUACAAAACCAAAAUUGUGAACCUUCACCACAGCCAGUUUACAUGCCUUCCAGAGCCAAGCCAAGGGCGCACCUGACAAUUCUUAAGCAAACUCCAGGGCCACAUCUGCAAAAUCAGUUUCCUGCUCUGCACUGGGAACAUGAACUAGGCUUGGCCUUCACCAAGAACCGGAUGAACUAUACCAACAAAUUUCUGGUGAUCCCCGAGUCCGGAGACUAUUUCAUUUACUCCCAGAUCACAUUCCGAGGGAUCACAUCUAGGUGUAGCAACAUCAACCAAGGAAGACGACCUAACAGGCCAGACUUCAUCAUCGUGGUUAUCACCAAGGUAACAGACAGCUACCCCGAGCCCUCCCACCUCCUCACAGGAACCAAGUCUAUGUGUGAAAUAAGUAGCAACUGGUUUCAGCCCCUCUACCUUGGGGCUAUGUUUUCCUUGGAAGAAGGGGACAGGCUGAUGGUUAAUGUCAGUGAUCUCUCCUUGGUGGAUUACACAAAAGAAGAUAAAACUUUCUUUGGCGCCUUCUUGCUAUAAGGAGAAACAACCACAAUCAUGUAGGGCCUCCUUGACCCCUACUUCCCACUUUUCUUUGCUCAUGUGGAACUAUAAUCAGGGGUGUGGGGGAUCAAGGAUGGGGGACAGAGGUUUAUCUACAUAAUUUAGGAACCCACGAUGAUUCUCUCUAUAUGUUUUGGACUGAAAUAGUAAAUGGAAAACUCAGAAGAACUCGUGUUUGCUAGAGACCUGCUGGGUUUUCAAAAUUAAAACAGCUAUCUCCAAUGGCUCAAUCUACUGCUCUCCAGACAUGAUGUUUCUGAGAUGUCCUCCUUCCUGUUCAUUGAUUAGUUGAGGAUGCUUAAUCAGUGACUCUAGUCUGGCUCCAUGGUCAGAAAGGGAGAAUGGAAUGUUCUGCCUGCAUCUAUCCCCAUGGCGCAUGAGAGCAUUGCGCAGCACAGAUUUACUGUAAGGACUGGCACAAGAGCAGCCAAAAUGAUCUGCUCACCUCCCCCACUAAACCCAAACCUUGUAUCAAGGGCCUUCAAAGCUGCCCGUGGCUAGUCUGGGCUGCUUGGAAGUUUAUCAAAGACAGGGAUCUUCUGGCAUCCCGGGAUGCCUGAAGCUCUGGGAAGUUCCCCAUCAGGUAUUCAUUUUGCCCCUGUUUGCGGAAAACUGGAACUCAAAUUUUCUCUAUUGAGUUUGUUAAAUAUAUAUAUAUAUAAUAUGUAUAUUAUAUAUAACAUAUAUAAUAUGUAUAUUAUAUAACAUAUAAUAUAUUUGUGUGCAUGUGCAUAUGUGAGCAUGUGCAUGUGUGCGUGUGUGUGUGUUACUGUCCAGAAGGGCAUGACCAACCAUUCCUAACUGGACUCAAAUCAGCACUUCUGUUUCCAAGGUACUGGUCCCACAGCAAACAUGAGGCCACUGCUGUGUAAAGCAAGAUGGGGAAAGAAUGUUUUCUAAAAACAUGUGGUGGCGUCAAGGGUGGUGGUACACAUCUUUAAUCCCAGCAUGGGGGAGGCUGAGCCAGGAGGAUUGUCAUAAGUUUGAGGAAAACCAGGCCUAAGUAGUAAUUUUCUGGCAAGUCUGGGCUAUAUAACAGGAUCUCCUCUUAAAUUAAAAUUUAAAAAAAAAAAACAUAGAAAAUAGACUGGUCCUCAAAGAUAAAGUAAUAUAUUCAAGGAUUUGGGAAAGAGGGCAUUUGUUUUGAAAAAUAGCUAAUUUAGUGAAAAAUAUUUUGCUGGUUAAAUGCUUCUCAAAAAGCAACAGAAUUCAAAUAGAUUCCAUAAACAUUUAUCUGGGACUUACUCGCCCUGGGGACAGAGAAUCAAUUAUUUUAGUCUCGGGCCCACUCAUCCUCCAUCAUCUGUGGAGCUUCCCGUCACUCUGCCUAUGGUAGCUGAGUAAUCAGCUGACCUGAGACACAUGGGUAUUUUCUUAUUAUGACUGUGGGCACCAUUUGACAAUCAAUAACAGAAUGAUUUGCAUUUCUUCUUGAGUGUUGUUAUAACAGAUAAGCAAGGGCAGUUUCCCAUAAAUAAACAAGAGGGGAUGUAAGACUACAACUCCCUACGGUGAGAUCCAGCAUUGAAACAGCAAAUAGAAAGAGAUUAUUGCUAUUUACUGACCUCAAAAUUUGACACAAAGACCUUUGAAAAUACUAGAACUGUAUGAAUGGCCUAGAUGUGCUCUGGAAAGUCUAUGUCCCCAGCAAAAGCAAAAGUCAUAGUCAUCUUUCAUAGGUCAUUGGAAUUUUGACCUUAGCUGGUUUUGGGUCUGUUUGACUAAACGCAGUUGCAAGGCUGUAACUUCUGAGUUGAUUUGUUGUCUAACUAAGGGAUAGUGGGAAAAAGGAAAGUGAUCUUCUACCAUCUCUUGGAACAGAUUAGGUUUCAUGCACGCCAGAGCCCUUGGAUCUAUUUCCAUGCAAGCUCCUUCACCCCAAAGGAAAUUCCAAUUCCAUGCUUGGCAGUCACUCCUUGGCUUAUAGAAGUCCACGAGUUCACUGUGCACAAGGCAUGGCCAUUGCCAGCAGUCUCAAGUCCUUACUCAAUCAGGUUCCCAUGAUUGUGACAUUAAGGAUUAAUUUCUAGAGCAGGUUUGUUUAUAUCCUGUCCCUUGCAAAAUACAUGCAGAUAUGCCUGGCCUCAAAAUCCCCUGGUUGUUAGGGCUUAGAGUCCUGGGACUAUUGCGCUAUUUUCAGUAUUUUAUUAAAGCUUGCAUCAUUGCUCUGAAUGCUGGCAGUAUUCUAGCAAAUUGGCUGCUAGCCUUUGGAGGAUUCGCUGAGCCCUUAGUAAAGGUGACGGUGCUAGCUUAGAGUGGUCACACUUGUGCCUUGCUAACACUUCCCGAGCUCUGUGACACAGUUGCCUCUUCCAUCUAUCUGGCCAUCUGAGGACACUCACAAGCCCAUUUUGCUGUUACUUUUUCAGAGUGACGCAGUCUGUUCAUGGGAAAGGCAGAGCUGGAAGUCUGUCUUCCGAGAAGUCUGUCUUCCCACUCUACUCUUGGCAAAUGAUACUGGUUGAUGCAACUAGGGGAGAAUUGAAGAAAGGCAGGAGAAAUAUCUUUGACUACCUAUGGGGCAAUAUAGAAGAGUAAGGAGAUUUACACAUGGUACCUAUACCUAAACCAAUUUUCUGCCCCCGAAUAGAUGUUUUUUACCUGGUAGUGAUAGCUUAUUCUCUGGAGAUAGUCAAGCAAAAAGAAAGUUUUGUAGAAGCUAUUGCAUCACGGAGGUCAGGAGAGGGAGUAAGUCAAAGGAUUCCUCUUCCAGAUCUAUGACCAUGUGGUCACCUUUCUAUCCGAUCAUAACAAACCUGACAGCUCUGCCAAGAGUUCUGGGGUUCCCACUGGGCUAGAAAAGUAAUCUCCCCCACACUAUCAACUCUGGGGUCUUAACCAGUAGAUAAGAUGUCAUGGGAUUUUAGAGCUGACAUGAACUGCAGAGUUUUCUAUCCAAAUUCACAUCACUUCAAGUGAAGAAACACAGGCCGAGGGAGAGAUGCUAUACGAGGCUUGGUGCAGGAGAGCCUGAUAGAGUGUGAAGACUGAGCUGGGCUUCCUGUCCCCAACACCCAGCUCAGCAGCCUUUCCAUUUGAUCUGGGGAUUGCUGGCUGGUUUGGGUUUUUAUUUUAUUUUAUUUUUACUUUUUUGAGCACCUGUCACACUUAGACAUGUUCACAACAAGAGGGUCAGUGACAGGAAGUCCUGCUCUGCUGUGUGCACGCAGGGGGAAGGAGACCCACAGUAGUAAACAGAAUAGUGAACUUAGAUGAUUUUAGUCUUAAAGUGAUUAAGACACACCAUUUUCCCCUCUUUUGUCUCAGAGGGCAUACAGGUGUUCGCCUGAUUUUAGUGAUAAGCCCUAUGUGCUUUCAUUGGUUGUAUGUUUUAUGUUAAAACGUCACAUCGCCAUGGUACAAUGCAUAUUGUAUGUUGUUGGGUCUGUAAUUAACUAGUAUGCAUCACAUGUAUGAAUUCUAAUCUCUGUAUAUGAAAAUUUAUGUAUGUUAACAUAUAUAAUAGUUGUAAUUUAAUAAAUUGGCAAUGAGG